AUGUCUACACCGAGGUCACCGAGGUCACCAUACCGCCAAACCUACCGCGAGUCGGUCUCGAGACGCCGAGAGUCAAAUAACCUCGUCAUCCCCGAAAAGGCACGAACGUCUGGAAUAUCAGGCAACGACCGCGAUUCACUACCGGUCUACAACAAUGCCCCUCCUCAUCGACGGCCGCCGCCGCGCAGCAAGGUCCGCGUCAAACCUUCCGGCGAGAGCGGACGCAAAGGAUUCCACCCCAUAAAGUUUUUGAAAAUCACAUGGAAAUCGUCAAGUCGAGCUUCUCUGGUUUGCAACUUUUUCUGGCCAGUUGUCCCGGCUGCUUUUGCUGUCAGAUAUGCUCUCCCCAACGAGCACGUAUUGAUUUUUACAUUGGUUUAUAUUUCGAUGGUUCCUUGCGCUAAUAUGGUUGGCUUCGCUGGUCAAGAGUUGGCCCGCAAAGUCAAUCACGUGUUUGGUGUGCUGAUGGAAACAACCUUGGGGUCUGUGGUUGAGCUCAUUCUCUUCAUGGUACUACUGAAAGGCAGCCAAUUUGUGGUUAUCCAAGCUGCUAUUCUAGGUUCCAUCUUGGCAACCAUGUUGUUGUGUUUGGGAAUGUGUUUCAUUGCUGGCGGCAUGCGGCGUGAAGAGGCAGAGUUCAGCGACACCAUUACGGAGGCUGGAAGUGGUCUCUUGUUGACUGCUGGCAUUGCUUUGGCUGUUCCCACAAUCUUCGACCGCUCGCUACAAGGCGUCCUCACUGUUGAGGAAAUCGACAAGAAAACGCUUCACAUCUCCCGCAUCGUUUCUCUAAUUCUGAUCGUUUCUUAUAUGGUCUACGUUUACUUCCAAGCUCGCACCCAUCAUGGAAUUUACGACGCAAUCUUUAAGAAUGACGAACAACGAGAUAACGACAAGCAUAGAGAUAUCAGGAAGGCCAAGCUGACCCUGACAGAAUGCAUCAUCGCACUUGUCGUCUCGAUCACGCUAGUCACGUUCAUGGCCAUUUUUCUCGUGGAACAAAUCGCACCUAUUGUCGAAGAGCACAGCAUUUCUGAUCCUUUCAUGGGUCUGAUUCUUGUCCCCCUUGUUGAGAAGGCGGCUGAGCACUUGACGGCUGUCGAUGAGGCCUGGGACAACCAGAUGAACUUUGCCCUCUCCCAUGUACUCGGUGCGACGCUCCAGACGGCUCUGCUCAAUGCCCCCCUUGUCACCAUUGUUGCCUGGGGCAGACACAAGCACUUCGAUCUGGUCUUCGAGGCAUUCGACAUAACGAUGCUCAUCUUGGCCAUCAUUACCGUCGGGAACUUUCUGCGAGACGGCAAAAGCAACUAUCUCGAAGGCGUUCUUCUUCUAGCCCUUUAUUUAACGAUUGCGUGUUCAGCUUUCUACUAUCCCAAUCCUCCGGGGCAUGGGGCGGGAGCUGCAAGAGGAGCAUCAGAGGGUCUGGUUCACUACGUAGCCGAAGGCUUUCGCCGUUGA